UAUAAGCCAAUUUUAUUCUUUUCUGAUCUUUUGAUCUUCCCCCCAAACCUUACAACUUUCUUAUAACGUCUAUCGUUUUGUACGUAAUAGACUGCAAGUAUAAUAUCUAUGGCCACCAACAUGAUCAGGAUGAUGAUGCUAGUUAAUUUGAAAGCAUACAGUACAACUCCCCAAUUACUCUCUACUACUUCUCACCAUUAUUCUCCGCUUCCGAUGUUCAUAAAAAAGUCACGCUAUUGCCCAUCAAACAAACGCCAAAUUAUUGCCUGUUCUUCCUCAAAAGUUCCUCGCUUUGGAAUAACCAAUGCUAUGGCUAGCAAAGAGAUCAUGCUGUUAUCUACAGCACAGCAGCCCUAUACAACGACCCCUUUUCGUAGUACUACUGCUGAUCACCAAAGUUUUGAUCCCAGCUGUGAUCACCUUUUGGUUGCCGUGGAAAACAGUAUUAAGCAUGCUGCCCAUAUGGUUGACACUGCUUUGCUGGAAUAUCUAGAAAAUCUGGAGGAAAAGCUGUCCAAAGAGAACGUCUUCAGUCCCCUCUUCUGUAUAAUCAAGCAACUUUUCACAAAUAUGGAUGAGGUGGUCGUUUUAUCGGAACUACUGCUGUUGGCUGAAAAAUCUAGCAUCACCCUCAGCUUGCGCAAGAUGCAGAUCAUACAACUUUGCAAUAAACGGAUAGAGAACAUGCAGGCAGAUCAAUGUUGGGAAGAAUUUCCAGAAACACUCAAGGAAAUCUUCAAAGCUUUCAUGGAGCUGAUUUUAGUUGACAAUAAUCUGCGGGCUAGUCUUACCGACGCUUCUACGGACAAACUGAUUGAAGGCCCAAAUGCAUUGACCCAAAUACUAUGGAUCCACAUGGACCGCAUCCUUAAAAAUAUCUUCCAUCGCCCAAAUGAAAAGCCGCAGAAACCAACGUCUCCCGAUUUUCAGAAAGGACCGCACGGGGAACGCAAUUUCACUUUCUACUAUGGAAGCAACAACGAAGAAUGGAUCAAGGAAUUUGAAGACAAAGCAAGAAAAGUGAUUAAAGAUCAGGAGGUGGACCGAAAAGUUCGCAUAAGGUUGUGUCGCAUUAGAACGCUCGAUAAAAAAGGGGAGGAGGCUCGGGUUUUAUCAAAUUUAAUCGAACACGAUGACUUGCAAAGUUACUUCGAGUGUGGGUCUGAUGGACGGUUUGUGUUGACCUACAACCAGAAAGAAGUGCUGCUCAAUAAAGUUGGCAGAGAAAUCCCGAAGGUCUUAGAAGAUUUUCAUAUGCAGUGGAUUAAGGAUCCGGAUAAUAAUAAAAUGCGAGAUGAUGGCUUCGAAGUAAGUUUCAUCAGUUUUUUUUAAGGGAAUUAAGUUCACACGCUAUCCUGAUUGGCAUCUUCGUUGAAAGUACUUAUUUGUCUAAAUUUUAUUCAAUGUGUAAUGCUGUAAUAUUGUAAAGUAAUUUGUUGGCAUAUUCUUAUGAUAAAACUUAUUAAUCCAAUUAGUGCAUUUUCUGUCA